UGGAACAUACCGCCGUCAGACGUGUUCGAGCGGAACAGCCAGCGACAGAGUGCAGACGAGGGGAUGCUGAAGCACGUGACCAGCGGCGGCGGGAAGGUGGUUCAUGAUCAAGUUGAUCUCACAAAGCUUGGAAAUGAGGAUAAAAGAACGCUGAUGGACAGCAUUCUCAAGGAUGUUGAGGAUGACAAUGAGAGGUUCCUUAAAAGGAUCCGGGCUCGAAGUGACAGGGUAGGAGUGGAAAUUGCCAAAAUUGAAGUAAGAUUUCAAAAGUUGUCCAUAGAGGGGGAUGCAUAUGUUGGAACUAGAGCACUUCCAACACUACUAAACUCCCCCUUGAAUGCAAUGGAGGUGAUUAUCAACUACUUACUGUUUUGUUCCCAUCAAAAAAGAGUUGUUAAUAUACUCCAAGAUGUAAGUGGCAUAAUAAGACCUUCAAGGAUGACAUUACUUCUUGGUCCUCCUGGUUCGGGAAAAACAACUCUGCUAAAGGCACUUGCUGGAAAACCAGAUGAUGAUCUAAGGUUAAGUGGGAAAGUUACAUACUGUGGUCACGAACUCAAUGAAUUCAUACCUCAAAGAACCAGUGCUUACAUUAGCCAUCGCGAUCUUCAUUACAACGAGAUGACCGUUCGCGAGACACUGGAUUUCUCUGGACGUUGCCUUGGAGUCGGGACCAGGUAUGACUUGCUGGUUGAAUUGUCUAGAAGGGAGAAAGAAGCAGGAAUUAAACCAGAUCCCGAGAUUGAUGCAUACAUGAAAGCCACAGCUAUGGCUGGCCAAGAAACUAGUUUGGUCACAGACUAUGUUCUAAAGAUACUUGGUUUGGAUAUUUGUGCUGAUAUAAUGGUUGGAGAUGAUAUGAGAAGAGGCAUCUCAGGCGGACAAAAAAAGCGAGUAACUAUUGGGGAAAUGUUGGUUGGACCUGCAAAGGCAUUUUUCAUGGAUGAAAUAUCAACAGGACUUGACAGUUCAACCACUUUUCAUAUUGUCAAGUUUAUGAGGCAAAUGGUUCACAUUAUGUCCAUCAGCAUGGUCAUAUCCCUACUGCAACCUGCACCCGAGACGUUUGAUCUUUUUGACGAUAUAAUCCUUCUUUCCGAGGGUCAGAUCGUGUACCAAGGUCCACGCGAAAACACUCUCGAGUUCUUUGAAAAUGUAGGAUUUAAAUGCCCAGAAAGGAAGGGAGUUGCUGACUUUCUGCAGGAAGUUACUUCCAAAAGGGAUCAAGAGCAGUACUGGAGCAGGAAGAACCAACCUUACCGUUAUGUCUCCGUGCCGGAUUUUGUCCAAGCAUUCAGUUCUUUUCACAUCGGUCGACAGCUUGUAGAAGAUCUUAGAGUUCCUUAUGAUAAAUCUAGAACUCAUCCUGCAGCUUUAGUGACAGAAAAGUAUGGCCUUAACAAUUGGGAGCUCUUUAAGGCCUGUUUCUCAAGGGAAUGGUUGUUGAUGAAGCGAAACUCUUUCGUAUACGUGAUUAAGACUUUUCAGAUCACAAUCAUGGCUAUAAUCACAUUCACCGUGUUCUUAAGAACAGAGAUGAAAGCUGGUUGAAUCCAAGAUAGUGGGAAGUUCUGGGGAGCUUUGUUUUUCAGUAUUUUGAAUGUCAUGUUCAAUGGGAUGAUGGAGUUGGCAAUGACAGUUUUCAGGCUUCCUGUGUUCUUCAAACAGAGGGAUUUAUUCUUUUAUCCAGCUUGGGCUUUUGGCUUGCCCAUUUGGAUACUCAAGAUUCCCAUCUCAUUAAUGGAAUCAACGAUCUGGAUUGUUCUUACGUACUACACGAUUGGUUUUGCGCCAGCUGCGAGUAGGUUCUUCAAAAUGCUGUUGGCAUUAUUUGGAAUCCAUCAAAUGGCUCUAGCUCUAUUCCGUCUUAUUGCAGCCAUCGGAAGAACAGUGGUUGUUGCAAACACACUCAGUACCUUCUUUUUGCCGAUCGUGUUUCUGCUCGGUGGCUUCAUUGUCUCCAAAAAUGACAUCAAACCAUGGAUGAUAUGGGGCUACUACAUUUCUCCUAUGAUGUAUGGACAAAACGCCAUUGCCAUCAAUGAGUUCCUCGACGAAAGAUGGAGUGCACCACUUCUCAACUCCACGGUAGGGAAGAUCCUUCUAAAAGAAAAAGGACUGUUUACAGAUGAAUAUUGGUUCUGGAUUUGCAUUGGAGCACUUUUCGGAUUUUCUCUUCUUUUCAACCUUCUUUUCAUCGGUGUGCUAUCGUUUCUGAAUCCUUUUGGAGAUAACAGAACAGUGAUAUCAGAGGACGACUUAGAAAACCGGCUCAAGAAGCAACUGACAUCAAGUUUAGAAGGAAAUAAAAGCUCAAGUGACAUAGUCACAAAAAAUCAGACUAAACGAGGAAUAGUUUUACCAUUUCAGCCUCUUUCGCUAGCUUUCGACCAUGUGAACUAUUAUAUCGACAUGCCUGCAGCAAUGAAGAGCCAAGGGGUUGAAGAGAGACGACUACAACUGUUAAGGGACGUUAGCGGCGCUUUUAGACCCGGUGUUCUAACAGCAUUGGUUGGUGUUAGUGGUACUGGAAAGACCACCUUGGUUGAUGUCUUGGCAGGGAGAAAAACUGGUGGCUAUAUUGAAGGAAGUAUAAACAUUUCUGGCUACCCAAAGAACCAAUCUACAUUUGCUCCGGUUAGCGGCUAUUGUGAACAGAAUGACAUUCAUUCGCCAUAUAUCACAGUAUACGAGUCCUUACUAUACUCUGCCUGGCUGCGUCUCGCCUCAGAUGUAAAAACCGAAACACGAAAGAUGUUUGUUGAUGAAGUGAUGGAGUUGGUUGAGCUAAAUCCAUUGAGAAAUGCUCUGGUUGGACUUCCCGGUGUGGACGGUCUCUCAACGGAACAAAGAAAGAGGCUGACGAUUGCUGUUGAGUUGGUUGCCAAUCCUUCUAUCAUCUUUAUGGAUGAGCCAACAUCAGGUCUAGAUGCAAGAGCUGCUGCAAUUGUAAUGCGCAUGGUAAGGAACACCGUUGACACGGGACGAACGGUUGUCUGCACAAUUCACCAGCCAAGUAUCGACAUCUUUGAAGCUUUUGAUGAGCUCUUGCUAAUGAAAAGGGGAGGACAGGUGAUUUACGCAGGACGGCUCGGUCGCCAUUCGCACUUAUUAGUCGAAUACUUUGAGGCUAUUCAAGUGGUUCCCAAAAUUAAAGAGGGCUACAAUCCUGCUACUUGGAUGCUUGAGGUGAGUUCCACUGCUGUCGAGACUCAACUCGAUGUCGAUUUUGCAGAAAUUUAUGAGAACUCUGACCUUUACCAGAGAAAUCAGAGUCUCAUAAAAGAACUAAGCACUCCACAAACAGGCUCCAAGGAUCUUUAUUUCCCUUCUAAAUACUCCCAAGGCUCCAUAAAUCAGUGCAAGGCUUGCUUCUGGAAACAACAUUGGUCGUACUGGAGGAACUCACGGUACAAUGCGAUCCAAUUCUUCUUGACCAUUGUUAUUGGUAUUCUAUUCGGUAUAAUCUUCUUGGGUAAAGGAAACAAAAUAGAGAAACAACAAGACCUCAUGAAUCUUUUAGGAGCCACAUACUCCGCAGUUCUCUUCCUUGGAGCUACCAGUGCCACGGCUGUACAAUCCGUCAUCUUAAUCGAGAGGACGGUGUUCUAUCGUGAAAGAGCUGCAGGGAUGUAUUCGGAGUUGCCAUACGCCAUUGCUCAGGUGGCCAUUGAGACAAUAUAUGUUGCUAUUCGAACUAUCAUCUACACACUGCUUCUAUACUCGAUGGUCGGGUUCGAGUGGGAGGCAAGCAAGUUCUUCUACUUCUACUACUUCAUGUUCAUGUGCUUCACUUACUUUUCUAUGUUUGGGAUGAUGGUUGCUGCCCUCACUCCUAACCCUCAAAUUGCUGCAAUUAUUAUGCCAUUCUUCUUCACCUCAUGGAAAUUGUUCGCUGGUUUCCUCAUCCCCAGGCUGCUGAUCCCUGUAUGGUGGAGGUGGUAUUACUGGGCAUCCCCAGUUGCGUGGACUAUCUAUGGCCUUUUUGCAUCACAAAUUGGAGACAAAACCAACUUGGUUGAGAUUCCUGGUUCAGAUCCAAUUGCAGUAAAUGAAUUCCUCAAGAAAAACUUGGGUUUUGAUCAUGACUUCCUAAUCCCGCUCGUCAUCGGCCACCUCGGUUGGGUUCUUCUUUUCUUCUUCGUUUUCGCUUAUGGCAUCAGAUUCCUCAACUUUCAACGGAGAUGAGAAACUC